AUGUUUGAUAAUAGAACACAUGUUGAAAAUAAUCAAUCAGAUAACAAAAAUGCUCGUCUAAUCUUAAAUCCUCAAUCAAAACUCUGGUAUGUAUAUGAUAAAAAUUGCAAAACUCAACAUAUUCAGAGAAAAAUAUCUUUGUUGAUUAUUGUUACUAUUGUUGUGGUUUUGGUCAUCAUCAUCAUUCCAAUAAUUGUUACGAACCGACAAAAUAAAAAAGGCCAACAGACAUUAACAACAACAUUUUCAGGAAUCGAAUCAGCAUCUUCAAUAAUCACAUUAACAGAAACGAUUUCACGAUGCAAUGUUACAUCGUGCCGUGAACGAAUUCAGAAGUCUAUUGCCCAAAAUUGGACAUAUGAUACAGUGAAUUUUACUGAAUGCAACAGUUGUUCUCGAGCGACUUACCCAAAUUUUCCUUCAGAUUGGUCAACUAGAUGGUACGACAUGAAUUUCCUUAUUUAUACUUCAGAAAGUUCUGAUUGCGCUGGAAAUCCUUAUAUCGGUAAUGUAGAGUUUUGUCAAUAUGCAUGUUUGAAAGAUAUUACGUGUAUCGGCUUUUCUCGAGCGAAAGCAGCUUUAGAUAACAGCUCUAGUGCAGGAUGUUACUUGAAAAAGAAUAUCAACUUGGAUAAAGUAUACAAUCAUGAUAUAUGGUACACAAUCAUUUUUCGACGGUAUGAUAUCGACUAA